UCUUCGGAUCAAAGGCUGGUGUGGCGCUGUUGCCGUAGGAUGUGCAGAGUGCAGCCUGCUGCUUUCUUUACGGACGCUUCUUGUAUCGUCUGGAUAUCGCUGAUUUCUGGAUUAUAAAUACAUUUGAUGGUUUUCAAUCCCAACUCAAUGCAGAGAAAUGGGUAAACUUCACUCGAAACAUGCUGCGAUUUGUAAACCGAGGGAAAGUCCGGAAGGCGACAGUUUUGUAGUUAAUGCCUGUUUGGCAAGGAAAGGAAUUGACGAUUGGCUCGUGAAACAGAAAUACUAUUGCUCACGGCUUGAGCAACAGGACUGUCACCACACGAAUAAAUGCGGCUUGUCUACUCGGGAGGUGUUGGACAAGGCGUGUGCAGAGGGGAUCAGUGAUGAACAUUACCGUUUAGAAGUUGCUCUGCCCCCGGAGAAGACGGUGGACAGUUGCUGUGUGGAGGAGAAGAUGCAGGGGAGAGCGAGCCAGGUGCCAACAGGCACACAGAAACAGCUCCAGUUGGAAGAGCUUGAGUGUGCCGUCUCUGUAGAGGAAGACAACAGACAGGAGUGGACAUUCACGCUGUAUGAUUUUGACAACAAUGGCAAGGUCACCAGAGAGGACAUCACCAGCCUGCUCCACACCAUCUAUGAGGUGGUGGACACAUCGGUCAACCAUUCCCCCAGCAGCAGCAAGACACUGCGGGUCAAGCUCUCUGUGGCCCCCGACUCCAGCCAGCGCUGGCGGAGCUGCACUCAGGGCCCCGCAGACAUGCCCCACCCCAGAACCAAGACUGACAAGUGCAUUGAAGACCUUAAAAGUGCAGAGAAGAAGUCUCGAGCCCUCCUCAGGCGCCAUCACAGUGACCACCACACUAUCCAGCACCAGGUUCUGACCCAGCAGGGUCAGAGUCAGGGCUGCCAGCGCCACUGUGUGGAUGAGAACCUGGAGCGCAGGAACCACUACCUCGACCUGGCUGGCAUCGAGAAUUACACAUCCCGCUUUGGAGCAGCCCCCACCACAGAGCCUGUGAAAGCAGAGCCACAGACCCGACCAUCGAACCAGACCAGGUCUCGCUCUCAUGAACCAGAGAACGGCCACACCUACUCCCACCACCGUCGCUCACAGGUGGCCAUGGAGAGCAGCGCCGCCCCAGGCCCUGACACCCUUUGUCCCCCACGACCGAGUAAAGACUCAGGUAAACACGCCCUGCGCUCCCCCAAGACCCACAGCCGGACACACCCCACACAGACCACCACGGGCAGGGUGAUGAGGAGCAGAGGGGCCCCACCUCCCCCGGCCCUACCCAGCCAGGCCCCCCCUCACCAGUCCUCAGCCCCCUACCGCAGGCACAAGCAGAGGGCCAGGGAGGGCCAGCAGCAGUACCAGGCCCUGGGGGCUCCAGUGGGGCCUGUGGUGGAGAAGGAGCAGGUGAGGGUCCUACCCAGUGUGCUCCUCUAUGAAGGAGGGCUGGCCCAGAUGGUUCAAAGGCACGAGCAUCAUCACCACCAUGAACACCACCACCACUACCACCACUUCUACCAGUCCUGAGGCAGCCAGCCAGCUCCCUGCCCUGCUGCACCAGAGCACCUUCUCACAGCCCCACCUCAACCUGGCUCCACUGCCAGGCCAGUAGACCCUACAGACAGACAGACAGGCCCCUCCCACACAGCACAGCAACAGCACAGCCAGAACUGUGUCACUGUUAGGGGGAGUUGGGUCUUGCAUGGCCCUGUGGGCUAAGAGGACAGGACAUCAAGAGGAGUUGGACAGACAGGGGGAGGACAAGGGGAGGUGCAGGGUGAAGAGGGUUAUUAUGGGGUUGUCCAGGCAUGAAGAGUUCCUGUGAGUCAGCGGGACAGUCUUGGUCUUCAGGUGUGCCAGGAACCAGGAGUAGGACACGGCAGAGGGAUGUAACAGGGGAGCCUGAGAGGAAUAAAAGGAGAAAAGAGACUUGGCUGUAAAUCCUUCAGAGGACUCUUCUCAAUCCUCUCUGUCUGUCUGGUUCUCUGAAAGCCUCUACUCUGAUGGACUAGGUGACUUUACGAAGCCAUACUGGCACUGCCAUCCUCACAUACCUCUACGUUUUGGGCAAUGAGAGGUGAGGGUCUGGUUUGGAGAGCGAGAGAGAUUUGUGUGUAUGAAUAUACAGUGUGUGUGAGAGCAUGUGUUACCUGUCUGCUGUGACGCCACUGAAAACCACUUGAAAAGCACUUGUGGCUGCAGUUGCAUUGGAGACACUUUGGGCUGUCAGAACAGAGGGCUGACAGGCAUCGGCUGGAUAUGAUGAAGACGAGAUCAUCCAGCUCCUGAAUCUCACAUGCAAUACAGGACCCUCCCUGAGAGAACGAUGUUGAAAUGUUCAGUGAGAAUAGAAGACUGUAAUCAGCUGCUACCUCUAGUGUUAUUAAUGGUGUUAUUAUCGUUGUUAAUAAUCAGAUGCUAUUUUUCAGUUACAUGUUGUUUUAUUUUUUAAAGAUGACACAAUCUGCAGUAAUGUAGUGUUGAAACGCUCCUACAUGUUUUACCUACAUAUUGUAUAUAUUAUCAACAUUAUAAUCUUUAUUUAUAAUGUGACGUUUGUAUCAACAAUCUACAUUUAUUUCUCACUCAACCCCAUUUUCCCGAUGUACCCUAUUGAAAGACCACUAUGUAUUCAAUUUAGACCAUCAAAGAUACAACUCUGACUCCCUCUAAUAUCACCACCUAAUAUCACCACACACAGUUCUUUCACACAAAUGGUCAGUGUACACCUUCUCAAGUACAUCUCUGCCUUCUGAACAGUGUCUGUCUAAUCGUUGUGGUUAGCAGUUCACAGUAAGGCUCUUUCUCAAUAGCUGAAUCAUAAGUAUGUAGUGGUUGACAAUCCACAGCAGUCCCAUGAUCCUCCAGGUCUGAUCAUAACACAUGACCCUAACCGCUGUCCCCUCAUGAGGCAUCCCCCUGUCCCCAGCUGUCAGCACCUGUUUCACCGGGCCGCCAUCACGCCAUGUGUCCCCAGCACUCAGGCAACAAGGCUCUGUUUAUGACGCUGGCUGGACUGGGAUGGAGGCUCUCAGCUGUCUGUCUCAUUCCUCUGGUGCGAGGUGACACCAGGCCCUGCCCGCAGGCUCCACCAGGACCAUAACUCACCCUGCUGAAGGCCUGCUGUCGGGUAGGCAGCUCCAACCACACAGGAUCUCUCAGAUCUUCUCCCACCUUAGGUGAACCAUCAGAGCCCUUACACCACUGUUUACACCACUGUUUGCUUUUACUACAAGUUUCCGUUAGUGUGUGUUUUGGGUCAGUUGAGGGAAUCUGGUGCAUUCCAGGUUUGUCCUGAGCUCCAGUGCUGCACUCCCUCACACAGCUGCAGGCUGUGCAUUAGCAGAGGCACCAAUCAGGUUGGCCUCACCACGGGACACAGUCACCCCCAAGGGGAACGCAGCUGCACCCCAUUCCAUAGCCCCUCUCUCCCCUAGAAUGCCGCCGCUCUGCGAUCUGCUUGGCACUAGCAUCUGUCUGGAUUAGCAUGGCAGCACCCCAUCUGACAGGGCCCAUCGCAAUACUGUAACUCAUGUUGUUGUCUUCACACCACAACAACACCACAGCUAAACAGUACAGGUGUUGAUACUAGCACCUGCCCAUAGGAUAGACAUGCUUCAGGUGGAAAUGGCUUGUGGCUGCAUUGGGGACUAUAUCACGCCAGUGAGAGGCAGAGAGAGGGCUUGCGUCUCCCUUCAUGGUGGUCCUCAUUAGGCGUGUGUGUGUGUGUGUGAAGGUGUCUGCAGUGAUCCCCUCAGACAGACACCAUGGCUAAUAGGCAGGGAUCUGCUUGGGUUCUCAUCCUCAGUUAAACUUACAAUCCCUCCGCCAUCUUCCCCCAACACUACAGACACUAGAUGAAUGGUGCCAUGUGCCUCUAGAGUACUGUGGUAUUAGUGGGGCAGCCACAGGAACAGAUAUCUCUGUGGUGCUUUUGAAAUGCAGCCCUAUUCCCUAUAUGAUGUACAACUUCUGAACAGGGCCCAGGGUCUGGUCAAAAGUAGUGCACUGUGCCUCUGUAAAGGGACACUCCAGCUUCACCGGCAUCUAAAGUUCUGCUCCAGAAUGCUCUACUGUAUCUUCUCCAUCUGUAAAUGAUUUCAAUUUGGAUAUUUACAGACAAGACUGAAUUUAAUUGUCUCACUGUAUUCCACCACUUCUCCAUCUGUAAAUGAUUUCAGUUUCGGUAUUUACAGACAAGACUGAAUUUAAUUGUCUCACUGUAUUCCACCACUUCUCCAUCUGUAAAUGUUUUCAGUUUCGGUAUUUACAGACAAGACUGAAUUUAAUUGUCUCACUGUAUUCCACCACUUCUCCAUCUGUAAAUGUUUUCAGUUUCGGUAUUUACAGACAAGACUGAAUUUAAUUGUCUCACUGUAUUCCACCACUUCUCCAUCUGUAAAUGUUUUCAGUUUCGGUAUUUACAGACAAGACUGAAUUUAAUUGUCUCACUGUAUUCCACCACUUCUCCAUCUGUAAAUGAUUUCAGUUUCGGUAUUUACAGACAAGACUGAAUUUAAUUGUCUCACUGUAUUCCACCACUUCUCCAUCUGUAAAUGUUUUCAGUUUCGGUAUUUACAGACAAGACUGAAUUUAAUUGUCUCACUGUAUUCCACCACUUCUCCAUCUGUAAAUGUUUUCAGUUUCGGUAUUUACAGACAAGACUGAAUUUAAUUGUCUCACUGUAUUCCACCACUUCUCCAUCUGUAAAUGUUUUCAGUUUCGGUAUUUACAGACAAGACUGAAUUUAAUUGUCUCACUGUAUUCCACCACUUCUCCAUCUGUAAAUGUUUUCAGUUUCGGUAUUUACAGACAAGACUGAAUUUAAUUGUCUCACUGUAUUCCACCACUUCUCCAUCUGUAAAUGAUUUCAGUUUCGGUAUUUACAGACAAGACUGAAUUUAAUUGUCUCACUGUAUUCCACCACUAAGUUAUGUUUUGUAAAAUUAACGUAUCUCCAUGUUAAACUAAUGUAAAUAGUAUAUGGACUGCAGAAAGGUUAUACCAGUAUCGUGUAGAAGGAAUAAACGUAUUUAUAAUAAUUGAAUGACUAAGCAAAUAUACAGUAUUUUUGCCAAGCUAUCACACUUGCCUGCUAUUUUGUCACUUCUCUACAGUAUCCGCUGUGCCAAUCAGUGCUAUCAGGGAAGGGUAGUUGUCUCUCUCUCUCUCACUUCCUUCACUUCUUCUUGGUGAUUGUUGUAAAUGAAACAUGUCUAACACUUGCUGUUCAGUUCCUCAAUAGCAGACCAGACCCUUUCUCUCUUUUCCCUAAUGGCUUUUUCAUGACUUUCAUGACUGUUUAUAUAGAUAUUGCUUUAUUUAUUUGAUAGCAGAACUGUGCCAAGGGUGAUACCCUUUCAUUAAAGUAUGAACCUGUU